AUGGCUAGUCAGAGAACGUCACACGUCUUCCGGGUGACAGGCCUGUCGAGGGAACUGCCUGAUGGGGAUCUCAAGACCGCAUUACAAGAGGCACUAAACGACAACCUCACCGACGACGAGAGAUCGCAAAUCAAGAUUGAGAUCACGAUCGUGCCUUCCUGCUACGAAACUUACACACAAAGGGGGGCGCUGGUGCAGUUUCGCGGUGGAGUGCCUCAGUCCUCACUGAGUUGA